AAUUGCUUUAUUGGUUGUUAUAAAAAACCGUUUAAACUAUCAGUUCAAUCAAAUUGAAACAUUUAAAGUGAAUUUAUAGGUUUGAAAAUAAGUAAAUCUAAGAAUAUCUAUAGGAAUGUCAGCACAGAAGCAAUCGGUGACUCUUCAUGUCUACGAUGUGCCGGACGCAAACCAAUACAUAAAGAUAAUGUCACCAGAUUUGGGUGUUUUUCAUACGGGAGUCGAAGUUUACGGUAAAGAAUAUUCCUUCGGAGGACAUCCGCACGACUUCAGCGGUAUAUUUGUUACCACUCCUAAGGAUAUCCGAUCCCUAAGUGUUAGCGAUACUUUCAAAUACAAGUAA